UGGACUCGCUCCCUCUUUUAUGUCUCGCGCUGUGGCCGCCUCCCGGUUUUUUGAGCAACACGGAACAACAAAUGUGAAAAAUUCAAACACAAACACUGUCUAUAGUUCCCACACGCCCGUCUAAUCGAAUAUUCCCUUCGUAUCAUAAAUGAGCCAUGGCUGUGAACUUCGGCAGGAUCGUCGUGGGGAUUUAUGUGGAGAUAAAGCGCAGCGAUGGGCGAAUACACCAGGCCAUGGUGACCUCUUUAAAUGAGGAUAAUGAAAGUGUUACUGUGGAAUGGAUAGAAAAUGGAGACACUAAAGGGAAAGAGAUCGAUUUGGAGUGUAUUUUCUCACUAAAUCCAGAUGUUGCUCCAGAGGAGGAGAUUUCCCUGAGCCCUGUUACACCACCGCCUCCUACACCCAGCUCUGUGAAGGUCAACAAAAUCCCUAAGAAUCGUAGAACUAUUGCACCGGGAAGGAGCGAAAUUCCAUCUAGAGACAACAGAGUGGGCUCGACUCGGGCACGGCCAGCUCAACAACUACAACAGCAGCAGCAGCCACAACCGCAGCCAGAAUCAGCACCCCCUCCACCAGCACAACAACCCUCUCAGCCCACACAGAGCCAGACCCAAAGCCAGCUAACUCAGCAGCAACAACAAAACGCAAGGAGGAAGUCGAACUGUGUGAAGGAAGUGGAAAAAUUGCAGGAGAAGAGGGAGAGACGCAGACUACAGCAACAGGAACUGAGAGAGAAGCGAGCACAGGAAGUUGAUACAACGAUUCCGAACUAUGAAAUACUGCAGAUGAUCCGAGACUUCAGAGGAAGUUUGGACUAUCGACCGUUAACCACGACAGACUUGAUUGAAGAGCACCGAAUAUGUGUUUGUGUUAGAAAGCGACCUCUCAAUAAAAAAGAAUUGAGUGUAAAGGACCUAGAUGUGAUCACAAUUCCAAGUAAGGAUGUUGUCAUGGUUCAUGAACCAAAGCAGAAGGUGGACCUGACGCGAUACCUAGAGAACCAAACAUUCCGCUUUGAUUAUGCCUUUGAUGACAGCACAACAAAUGAAAUGGUUUACAGGUUUACUGCAAGACCUCUUGUGGAAACCAUCUUUGAUAGAGGAAUGGCCACAUGCUUUGCUUAUGGUCAAACAGGAAGUGGAAAAACACAUACCAUGGGUGGAGAUUUUUCGGGGAAGAACCAGGAUUGUUCAAAAGGAAUCUAUGCAUUAGCUGCUCGAGAUGUUUUUCUCAUGCUGAAGAAACCAAACUAUAAGAAGCUGGAUCUUCAGGUUUACUCAACUUUUUUCGAAAUUUAUAGUGGAAAGGUAUUUGAUCUAUUGAAUCGUAAGGCUAAACUGCGUGUUCUAGAAGAUGGGAAGCAGCAGGUGCAAGUGGUUGGGCUUCAGGAGCGCGAGGUCAAAUGUACGGAAGAUGUCUUGAAACUCAUUGAAAUAGGAAACAGUUGCAGGACAUCAGGUCAGACAUCAGCCAAUGCACACUCAUCCCGUAGCCACGCCGUCUUCCAAAUCAUUCUACGAAGGAAGGGCAAGAUGCAUGGCAAAUUUUCGCUCAUUGAUCUGGCGGGUAACGAACGUGGAGCAGACACAUCAAGCGCCGAUCGGCAGACUCGUUUAGAAGGAGCUGAAAUUAACAAGAGUCUGUUAGCUCUGAAGGAAUGUAUCAGAGCUCUUGGCCGUAAUAAGCCUCACACCCCAUUUAGAGCGAGCAAGCUCACACAGGUCCUCAGAGACUCAUUUAUUGGUGAGAACUCCAGGACAUGCAUGAUUGCCACUAUCUCUCCUGGUAUGGCCUCCUGUGAGAACACGCUAAACACUCUGAGAUAUGCCAACAGAGUAAAGGAGUUUGGGAUUAGCCCCUCUGACAUCCCCUUCUCUCAGGGGGGAGGAAGUCGCUCUGAACCCUCUCCUACCUAUGAAGUGAAGGAGCUGACCGUGGAUCCCAAUGCUGUUUCGGAGGGAAUCCGCCCCAAUGUCAACGCCAUCAACCAGCUGGACAUCAUGGAUGAGGAGUGGGAAUUAGGCAACUCCCCUCAGAGAGAUGACCUCAAACUGCUCUGUGAACAGAAUGAAGAGGAAGUCUCUCCUCAGCUUUUCACAUUUCACGAAGUGGUGUCUCAGCUGGUGGAGAUGGAGGAGCAGGUUCUGGAGGACCACAGGGCUGUGUUUCAGGAGUCUAUCAGGUGGCUUGAGGAUGAGAAGGUUCUCCUGGAGAUGACUGAGGAGGUAGACUAUGAUGUGGACUCUUACUCCUCUCAGCUUGAGCAGAUUCUUGACCAGAAGAUCGAGAUCCUCAUUGAACUCCGAGAUAAAGUGAGGUCAUUCCGGUCUGCACUUCAAGAGGAGGAACAAGCCAGCAAGCAGAUUAACCCCAAGCGGCCCCGUGCGCUGUAGCCUGGAACACACUCGCGGAGGAACGACAAACCCAUACAGUCCUGUAGGCUUCUCCACAGUAUUCAGGAGUGUUCUGAAGAAACUCUUUCCUACUCUCCCUCUCUCUCACACUGCAAAUGCUUUUCUUACUUGGAGAUUCUAGUCCAAAUAUCUGAAAAUUCCAAAUUUAAUUUAGCUGAAUAAAUUUUUUUUUUGCUUCCAAUAAUAAAAUGUAAAAAAUAAGUUGUUUUUUGCUUCAAAACAAUUAAAAUAAUCAUAUGUAAAAUAAUCUCAUUUCGGUUUGAAGUAAGAUUAUUUUACAUAUACCAAUGGCGGAUUUUUUAGCUUGUUUUAAGGAAAAACUCAGUUAUUUUUUUUUACUUAAAAUAAGUCCAGAAAAUGCUCUAAUUCAACUUAAUUUUUUAUUUGUCUAGGAUAGCUUCUUAAUUUCAGAAUUUUUAGAUGUUUGGACUAAAAACAAGACAAAAACUCUUAAGAAAUAAAAGAAUUUUUCGCAGUGCACAUGUGAAAAAGCAUUAGGUAAUUCUCUUACAAAUCAGCAGAGGAUAAAUAAGGGGAGUUUCCUCAUCACUAAAACCCUUCAUGAAUGAUUCCGAUUCUGAGGAAAUCUUUAGACUUUUUUUUAAAUUAGUAUAGAUUUUAUUUAUUUACUUUUUUUCAUUGUAGGUUAAGGGUACAGAUUUGUAUCAGUUACAGAUACUCUUGUGUUCUACCCUUUGAGGGGUUUUGUUUUUUUAGUUGUACCACUGAAAUCCUUCCUCCGAAGUUGUUCUAAAUUGUAUGCAUGAACACUCGGUUCAACUGAUUAUCACUCCGUUCCUUGCAUGACUGACUUGGUUCAUCUGCACUUUAAAUAACCUUGUUUUUUGUUAUGGGGGUCUGUUUACUGUACUUGGCACAGUGUAUGUUUUUCUGUUGAUUUGGCUGUUACGGCAUUUUACUCUUGCCACUUAUUGAAGGCAUAUUAACUGAAGUUUAAGACGUUCUCGAAGCAUUUAAUGCACUGGGAGAAAACUCUUUUUGAGGUGAUGUGAAUGAAUGUAAGAUUAGUCAGCAGUUUUGUUGGGGUUUUUUUUUGAAGGCGCUGUCCAUUUUCCAUUGGUAUUCUCUUGUCGCCUUUGUCAUCCGUUUAUCUGUAGAAUGCUUUCGUGCCAUAUCAUGUUUCCUUGUGGAAAGGAAGUUAACAGUCCACCAAAAUGCCUCCUCUCCUCCCUUCGUGUUUUACUUAUAAAGCUUCCCAACAUUCUUACAUCACCUGUUAAGAUUUGUAUAUUGUGUUCAACUACAGCAAGAUUCUCAUAACGAAUAGGGAACACUUCUUAUCCGCUGCUGAUGUUUUCAGUGUUGGCACCUCUCAAACUCAGUGGUUGCUAAAUAAAGAAUAACUCAACAAAA